CGGCGUGGACCGAGUAAGCGGCCAGUGGCCAGUAGCCUGACAAGCCUCGUUUUUUGUGGAGGCGAGUAGCUCAGUUUCGMUUUUAAACAGUUUGCGGUUGGCGGUUGCGAAAGAUAACGCGUCAUGUGGCAUAAUAAAAGUUUUGAACGCAAUUUUCAUUUCAAUCACACAAGUUUAAAGCAUUUUAAAAUCGUUUUAAAUUCGUAUAACGCUCGAAAAUGAGCUCGUAUAGAACAUUGCAUAGCACAAGUUUCGACAGCAAUGACAAUUUGGAUGCACUAGCGUGUGGUGAACAUGGCACAUUUCAUAAAAUGCUAAAAUAUUGGCGCAAUAGCUCCAAGUCUGGUGUUAGUUUGAAAAAAAGUUGUAGUUUUUUGGAAUAUCGCACUUCCGAACCAACGAACGGCGCUAACGGUGUGCGUGGUAUGUUGAGUGGCGGACGUGAUAGAUGCAACAUCAGCUAUAAACGCUUGGAGAGCUGCGACGAAGUGAAAUUGAAGAAAAUGCGACAACACGCUUUCAUGGCGGGCUCGCAAAAAGGCGGCGGUAGCGGAAGUGCGUCGCACAGUCCCGAAAAAUUGCGCGGUGCCACGCAGGAUCUCUUUGAGCUGUUGGAGCGUGUGCAGUGCUCUCGUCUGGAUGAUCAGCGCUGUGUGCUACCAGCGUAUUUCUCACAGACGCACCAUCGUAAUUCGAAUGACGAACGUGUACCACACCCGCAUGAGGGCAGCCAAUCUGGCCACUUCAACCACCACAAUGGUCUGCAACACUCUGGCUCGCGCUCUACACUGCGACAUUCAAUGUCUACGACAGCCGCGAAUUCCACACCCGCUUCACCACAACUAAGUGGUAUUGGUGGCGCGGUUUCAGGCACUGGCAAUGGUGUUGGCGUUGUCAAUCAAUUACUCUCCAAUGGCCAGCAUUAUCAGUCACAAUCAUCGGUAUCGUCACAGACUUCACAAUCGUCGAUUGUGUCCACCAUACCUGCCUCACAACGUCUGCUGGAGGAUGCGCUCGCCAAAAACGCACCAUAUCCGAUGAUUAUUUUACCAUUGAACGGCGGCUACUGGGUGGAUGGCACCGAGCACGAGUGUUCAUUUGAUGCGCGCGGCAAUCCGAUGUUGCCGCAAACAACUUGGAUGGCCAAAUUCGAGACAGACGACACGGCAAAGUGUUAUCGUCGUUUCUAUGCGGCGCGCGAACAUUCGAAUCUUGUGGGUCAAGAUGAUGUACUUGGACCGAUAUUGAUUUCCAUCAAAACGGAGAAUGUAGCAAAUCAAGAACAUGCACGCAUACUGUUGCGCCUGCGUACCGGUACAAUGCAUGAACUAAUACCGAUGUCGUGUAUGGCACCCAAUCCGACACCCGGUAAAAUUGUGCGCCUGUUGAAUGAACAAAUUACGGUGGAGAAUUUUGUACCGGUUUUAUGUUCGAAGGCAUCACAAUUGAUUGCCGCCUAUGAUGAGCAUGUAUUGGUUUCGAAUUUUAAAUUCGGUGUGCUUUACCAAAGAUAUGGACAAACCACGGAGGAGGAACUCUUUAGCAACAACAAUUCAUCGCCCGCAUUUGAGGAAUUCCUAGAUGUUUUAGGUCAGCGUAUAAAAUUGAAGGAUCACAAGGGCUAUCGCGGUGGUUUGGAUAUACAAAAUGGACACACCGGCGACACCGCCAUAUAUGAGGUGUUCAAGGAACGCGAAAUCAUGUUUCACGUCUCGACAAUGUUACCCUACACCGAGGGCGAUCCACAACAGCUGCAGCGCAAGCGACAUAUCGGCAAUGAUAUUGUCGCGAUCGUAUUCCAGGAAUCGAAUACACCAUUCUCACCCGACAUGAUAGCCAGUCACUUUCUACAUGCUUUUAUCGUAGUACAACCGCUAGAACCAAAUACGCCGAAUACACGCUACAAAGUUAGUGUGACAGCACGUGACGAUGUACCGUUCUUCGGACCGACACUACCCAAUCCAGCUGUCUUUCGCAAAGGUCAAGACUUCAAAGAGUUUAUACUGACCAAACUGAUCAAUGCUGAGAAUGCCUGCUAUAAGGCAGAGAAAUUCGCGCAAUUAGAAUUGCGUACGCGCACCUCGCUUCUGCAAAGCCUUGUUGAGGAAUUGAAGGAGAAAACGCGCGACUUCUUGGGUACGGACUUCACGAAUGGCGUGACUAUCAGCCCAACACCAGAAACACCAAAGUCCGAGAACAGCACAGCCGGUUCGCGUUUCAUCGACACGGUCAAGAAAGCGCUAAUUUCGCGCGUGCGCUCACAAAGCGUUGAUACCGGCAAUAUGGCGCCAAGCGUUGAGAAGUUCAGCGUCUCAACGAAGAUGAACUCAUCCGCUUCAUCGACGACUUCCAAGAAGGAUAACAGUCUAACGGAGACACCGAAUUUGAAUGCCUGCAGCCGCACCGCUUCGAAAUCUUCCUCGAAAUCAAAAUCGUCGAAUGACUCCACCUCUUCAUCGCCGGAUAUCACCUCACGCGGCCCGCUCAGCAGCAGCAACACCAUCAACAACAAUAAUGCAAAUCUGGGCGGUGCUGCCACCACCAAAGACAUGCAGAAUGGCAAUAAUGCCUCAGCACCAGUCAACGGUGGCGCCGGCGUUGCCACCAUGUCCGAAACUAGCGAUGACUCUAGCUUGAAUAGCGUAGAUCUCGAUCCGAUGAUGGGUCACAUAGAUGGCGGCGCUGUGUACAUCGACAGCGAUACCGGACUGGAAUCGAUGUCCUCCGCCGAAGCCAUGUCGUCGACGAAGGCGGCUUGUGCGCUAUGUCUGGAUGGCUCACAAAGCUUAAUGGGCUCAUCGCCGAGUAACGAAACAAUUGCGAUGGUGGAGAAUUUGCGUCAGGAGGUCACACGACUCAAAUGCGACAAGCUGGAUCUGCUGCGACAGAAUGUGACAUGUCAGCGCGAUAUCAAACGUUUGCGUGAGCGCGAAUUGUCGCUGCAGGGCGAUUUAGCUGCGGCCGGCAAGGAGAUAUUACGUUUACGCGACCUGCUGAAAGAGUAUAUGCCCGAUUCCGCCACAGCGCCACUAUCCAUAUCACCAAUCUAAUGGAGCACAUUUGCUGUGCGCUAGUGUGUGUGUGUUUAGCUGUGUCGGUGUGUGUGUGUGUGUGUAGUUAUUGUAAGCGUGUAUUUGCUAAGCAAAUGCCGUUAUAAUAUGGUGCAAGCAAACGAAA